AAAGCGUCGACUAUUGGGUAGGGUUAACCUCAUCCUUAUUUAUACGAAAAUUGCUCAUCUUAUAUAGACAAAACCAGUUACUUUUCGUUACUCAUCGCAGAGGUGCCGCGCGGGUGAGUCAUCGUAAGUGGACGCGAGAUAAAAUUCCGCCAUUUGUGCGAAAAUGAGCGUUUCGGGUUACGCGGAGGUCGUCGACGGCCCGUUGGCCGAAUUCCUCCAGAUAUCGAGGCAAAUCGGCGGCGACGUGGCCGAACAAGCCCGGCUGGUCGAGGACGCAUUCAAAGCUCAGCAGCGUUUCAUCCAGUUAGCCGGCGAAUCGGCCCAACCCACCGAAAGUGACGUUGCGGGCCUGCUGAAGCCAACCAGCGAAAAGAUCGCCGCCAUACAAACAUACAGGGAGAAGAGGCGGUCGGCGCCGCAUUUCAAUCACCUUUCGGCCGUUAGUGAGAGCAUCGCGGCGCUGGGGUGGGUCGCCGUCAGCCCCGCCCCCGCGCCCUACAUCAAAGAGAUGAACGACGCCGGUCAGUUUUACACGAACCGGGUGCUGAAAGACUGGAAGGAAAAGGACAAGAGGCACGUCGAAUGGGUCAAGGCUUGGGUGCAGACGAUCACGGACCUGCAGUCAUUCGUUAAGAGGCACCACACGACGGGACUGGUGUGGGCGGGAAAAGGGGCGCCGAAAGUACCCCCGCCGCCUCCGGCGUGUCCGCCGCCGCCGCCCGUCGACCUCGAGGCCUCGGGGGACGCUGGCCAAGACAGGUCCGCGUUGUUUGCCGAGAUUAAUAAGGGCUCCGACAUAACCAAAGGUUUGAAAAAGGUGACGUCCGAGAUGCAGACGCACAAAAAUACGGCUUUGCGUCAGGGCCCCGCCCCUUUCAAGCCGGUGGCGAGAAGCGUGCCCUUCAAUCGGCCCGCGGAAGCCGCGUCCGAAGUCAGGCCCCCGUCUUUCAUCAGGGACGGUAAAAAGUGGCUCAUAGAGUACCAGAAAGACAGAAGGGACUUGGUGGUCGAUAACGCCGAGAUGAAUAACGUCGUCUACCUCUACAGGUGUCAAAACACGACUGUUCAGGUCAAAGGCAAGAUCAACUCGAUCACGAUGGAUUCGUGCAAGAAAACUUCGGUCGUGUUCGACAGUCUCGUGUCCUCGAUGGAGUUUAUCAAUUGCCAGUCGGUCGAGAUGCAGGUGUUGGGCAAAGUACCGACCAUUUCCAUUGAUAAAACGGACGGGUGUCAGGUAUACCUGAGCGACGACUCUUUGGACGUGGUGAUAGUAAGUUCCAAGUCUUCGGAGAUGAACGUUUUAGUGCCGAAAAAGGACGGAGAUUAUACGGAGCACGCGGUGCCGGAACAGUUCAGGACCACCAUCACUGCCGGCAAGACGCUGCAGACGGAAAUCGUCGAGAACAAGGGUUAGACGAGGCGGGGGGUGGGCCAUUUUCCCACUAUUCCAUUAAAUAAUUUAGCCAAUAUAACCGCGCGAGGUCCUCUGUAAAUUCGCAAUAUUAUCAUAGGGAAGGUAUUGUCAUAGUAUUAGUCACGUGCAUUUACAUAAAUAUUACGUAAUCGUUCUCAUUGGGUUGUGGAACCGCAUGGUCAUGUAUUCAUCCUAGACGUCGUCCCGGCUUUGAUGUACUUUAACGUCGGUUAUGUAGGUCGUAAGUCUCCGAUUUUGCAUUUUUAAUAAGGUUUUGUAUCCGUAACGCUAUACUCUGUCAUCGCUUUUAAAUAAAACACCCCCGCGUGA